AAAGCUAUGUAUAUGAAAGACACUGAAGAAAAAAGCAGAUAGUCCUCGUAAGAGGUUGAAAAUUAUGACUGUUGGUACUCCUCCCAUCCCUGAUUGAUUUGAGUACUGUGGGAAUCUGAAAGGAACUCUAAACAUCUUUCUUUUCACAAAGAAAGAAAGACAAAGCAACAGCCUUUGUCUGACAUCACCACAAGUGUAAAGCACAUUGAAAAGAAAUGACCAGCCUACUUCCAGAAGAUACUGUGGAGUCCCAGGGCUCAGAUGAGCUUGAAUGCAAAAUCUGUUACAACCGCUAUAACUCGAGACAGAGAAAGCCUAAAGUACUGGAGUGUUGCCACAGAGUAUGUGCCAAAUGUCUUUGCAAGAUCAUAGAUUUUGGGGAUUCUCCUCAGGGAGUCAUUGUUUGCCCAUUCUGUAGGUUUGAAACAUGCCUGCCCGAUGAUGAGGUCAGUAGUCUUCCUGAUGACAACAAUAUCCUUAUCAAUUUGGCUUAUGGAGGCAAGGUGAAGAAGUGCCUACCAGACAAUCCCACAGAACUCCUGCUGACUCCCAAAAGGCUGGCCUCUCUCGUUAGCCCCUCUCACACUUCCUCCAACUGUCUGGUUAUAACUAUCAUGGAGGUUCAGAGAGAGAGCCCUCCAACUCUGAACUCAACCCCUGUUGUGGAAUUCUACAGGCCCACAAGCUUUGACUCUGUUGCAUCUGUGCCCCAUCACUGGACAGUGUGGAACUGUACAUCCUUGCUCUUCCAGACUUCAAUUCGAGUCCUAGUUUGGUUGCUAGGCUUGCUAUAUUUUAGUUCCUUGCCUUUAGGGAUCUAUUUACUGGUAUCAAAGAAAGUCACCCUUGGGGUAGUCUUUGUCAGUCUUGUUCCCUCGAGUCUUGUUAUUCUCAUGGUUUAUGGCUUUUGCCAGUGUAUAUGUCAUGAGUUUCUGGACUGUAUGUCUUCUUAAUAGCAAUUGCAAUGAAACAUGUGAAAUUGCCAUAGAUGUAGCACUGUUAACUUAAAUUUCUUGUUUGUAUUUUUUAUUUUUAUCCUUCAAGGAAAAUAGGAGUGCUGACAAGUUUUGUGGUCCUUUUAUUAUUUUAAAGGGUAAUUGAAUGGUUGGUUUCUUCUGCUCUAUCCUGUAUUACCAAUGAAUAAACAAAUAACAUUUUUUUUAAGUCUAAGCAAUAGAAAGAGGGUGAGGCAAGUACAACCACCUAACUGGGUGCCUGAUCCUAUGCUGCAGUAACAUUUUCAUUUUCAAUAGAUUAUUCAUAUAGCAGAAUAGUUAAGAUUACUGGAGCCAUUUCAGAAGAAAUGCCUGUUAAUAUUCUAAACUGUCUCUUAUUUACGUUGGUAAGUAACAUUGCUCUGGGAUUUAAUUAGCUGUGACCCUCUACUGAUUAAGUCCCACUGAAACGGGGCAAGAACAGAGAUUUAACAAGGUAAUUGGACAUUUCAUCGGUGCCUCUGAUCUUUAACAUGCACAAAGAAAAUAGGUGCUACCAUCACAUCAAAACUUGUUGCCAGGCUUCCAGACAGUGAAAGAGACUGAGGAAUGGAUGGUUGCUUUUAACUAACCGAAUAGGUAGAAAAUUGUAAAGGAGGCGUAUGCGCCACAACAAUACACGGAUGUAUCUUUGUUCACUGUUAACAUUUCUUCUCAAAUCUGUUUUUGAUUAAAAGCAUUACAAAGCCUUA